AUGGCCGACACGGAGAAAGGCUACGGCCUUCAAAACUCGCCCAAGCCCGGAACCAAGGAAGGCGCCGUCGAUGAGCCAGCUCCUCUGUCCCACCCGCCGAUCUGGCUGCUGCUCGCGGUCUCCAUGCCGCGUAUGGCCAUUAACAUGGCCUGGUCGGCUCAAUGGGCAGCUCUGGGGCCCUACCUGUCCACAAUGCUGCCCAACUUUGCAGUCCAAAUCACUCAGUUCAUCGGUCCCAUUGUCGGAGUGCUGGUCGGCCCCAGUGUCGGCGUUCUCAGUGAUCGCAGCACCUCCAAGUUCGGUCGACGCCGUCCGUUCCUCAUCACCGCAGGCAUUUUAAGUAUCAUCUGCUGGAUUGCUAUGAGCUACACGCGCGAUAUGGGCGAAGCACUUGGCGACCAUGGCGACGGUACUGACGGCCAGCCAACUGACCGCACCUGGACGUCGAUCCUCACCGUGUUCUUCUACCUUUGGAUGGACAUUACUGUCAACGUGGUGCAAACCCCAGCCAUGCUUCUAGUGGCUGACUUUGCUGGCGAUCGUCAGACCACUGGAGCUGCUCUGGGUCAGGCGUGGUCCACUUUGGGCUCGAUCCUUGUGGCCGGCUACAUCGAGUUCUUCGGAGCUGCACAUAAGACUCUCCACGAGUUCAUGUGGAUGCUCUCGGCCACGAUGUUCGUUUGCAUCAGUGUCGCUGUGGUUCUCGGGAAGGAGACCCCACUGGACCCCAGUAAGGUCGACGCUGUGUCCACUUGGAAACGUAUUGGACACGCCUUCGCGUCCGUGUACCACGGCAUUCGCACGCUGCCCGGCGUGCUCGCCAUUUACGGCGUCUGCUUCUUCUUCGUUCAAUAUGGCUACACGGCGUACAACGGCAACAAAGGACAGUUCUUUGGUCUCGAAGUGUACGACGGCUCGGCUGAAAACGCCGACAGCUGUGACCCGUGCACCCCCGCGCAGGACGCAUACAACGACGGUGUCAGCAUUGCCGGUGGUCGUGCUGAUCUGCUGUUCAACAUCGUCGGCUACAUCUACUCGUGGACGUUGCCGUAUCUGGUGCACAAGGUCGGAGUGAAGUGGGUUCUGACGAUCUCGACCAUCCCGCAGAGUUUCCUGAUGGUCAUGGCGUGGACCAGCAACGUCACGUUCAACGUCUUUAUCGUCGCAGUCACAAGUAUCACCCAAGCGGUGUGGUUCGCUCUCAUUGUACCGGUCAUCAUCCACGUCUUCGGGGAGGACGAGGAGAUCGGUAUCUACGUUGGCGCUCUCAACUCGGCCAACUGCUUCGGCCAAUUGUUGAACUUUGCCAUUGGUUCUGGCCUGGUGGAGACUUCGCUGGGCUACAAACUUCCAGUGUUCCUCGGUGGUAUCAUGAGCGCCCUCGGCUUUAUCACAGCCUUACUCUUCUUCAAAAUGAAGAUGUACUCCAUGUAA